AGUGUACGUCUAGAAAUGCAAGUUGUGAAACCUGUGUGGAAGAUGUCAGGUGCCUCUACUGCUUUAAGGACAAAAGCUGCAAAUUGUAUCCGAAGGAGACCAUACUGCCAGGAAACGAUGUGUGUCCGUUGGGGGAGGCGAGAUGGGGACCGAAGUUGUGCUGGUUCAACCUGAAGGCAUUGAUCAUAUCGAUGGCAGUGGUUGCGGGAACGAUUCUCGUCUCUGUCUGCUGUUGCGUCUACUGCUGCUGCUGCCGCUCCAAGGGCAACAAGGAGAAAUACGAGCGCGAGGAUGCGAGAGAGGUGAGCAGAAGAGAGGAACGACGUCAACAGCACGAGAUGAGGAUGGCCGAGAGGACAGAGAACAACGACAACAUCCGGCGUAAAUACGGUCUCUUAAAGGAUGGCGUUCCGUACCAGCAGAUGAACAAUGAAAAGCCGUAAACGGGAGGAAGUGCAUCUGCGUGAUUGCAUAGAGCACAGGAAUCGUGUACUGGGGAGAAAUACACAUUUUUCCGAAAAUAGCCGAACGGUAGUAGGCCGCAACUUCGGGAUCGCUCGGGCCCAUAAUACACAUGUGUACACAUGUAUACGCAUUGUGAACCCUAAUCCUAACCUAACCCUAACCAGAAAAAUUGAAAACAAAUAAAAAUAAAAUAAAAUAAACAGAUGGGAUUCGAACCAACAACCUUUCAGACGUAACGCCUGUUCUCUACGAGCUCGGCUAUUCAGCAUUAUUGGAAAUAGCACAUGGCAUAUGCUAAAUAAGAAAAUACCCUGGUAUGUAAAAUGUGUAUUUCUCCCUGGUGCAAUAAUCAGUCAUCUGUCAUGCAAUCGCCGUGAUUGUGACACGAACGACGGUAGUUUUCUAAGAUAGAUAGAUAGAUAGAUAAAUAAUAGGUUUAUUGCAAAACUAGUGUUAACAACGUUACAAUUAAAAUAAAU